AGUUCCGCCUCAACCUCUCGACGGCGGGCGGUGUCGCCCUUGUCCCGGGAGACGCGGUCCGAGUGCGGGGCCGAAUCGGUGAAGCUGGGUCUCAUACCCCGCUAGCCCUGGGUUGAGUUCCCUGCUGACCCUGGCGGAGGCCCCUUAAAUGGCACGCGGUUCUGGAAAUAUACUCUCAAGACUCCAGUUUGUUCCUCCAGCUCACGCCAACGGCUAAGGUCCAACUGAUUUCUCUUCAUCUCUAAAAAGUUACUGCACCGUGGCAGGCCAACACUUCCCUCAGUGGAUGGGCAGAGCUCACUGCCAGAAAAUGCAAAAACCUCCAAGGAACAUUGAAGAAUUCUUAAAGUUUCAAAAUUGGGAUUAUUGGCCAAGGAAAAUCCAUUUUGGAGAUAGUGAUGAAUGGUUACACACCGUGAAGCAAAUAAAAGAAGAUAGUUCAUUUACUUCAAUUUAUACACAUCUGUGGAGAACUGUCCCUCGAAUACAUGAUGCAGUCAUGGCCAUGGAGACAAGAUUAGGGGAAUGUUCAGUCCUUUUGAAAAGCCAUGCCUCUAAAAUGUUUGAGUGGAGGAGCAUAAUUUUUGAUACAAGUUCUAAAGGAAAUUUGGAAAGAUACAAGGCAUUUCUAAGGAAGUAUCGUAGGAGAAAGAAGAUAAUGCUUUCAGAUGAAAUGGAAACAAAGAAGACUGUAGAGGGUUGCAGCUUCUCAGGAUUCAAAACAAAUGAGCUUACUCAACUACCCAGACAUUUGGAUGCUGAACGAAUUUAUCUUUUUAUUUUAAAAGCCCAUAACUUUGAUGAAAAGGUUUUCAGAAUCUGGAAGACCCAUUUUCUCUCAGAAGCCUCUAUUGCUCUUUUACAUGAUUCCUUCUGGUGGUGGUUUCUCCAUAAAUUUAAGCCUGACAGAGAAAAUCAAGAUUUCUUGUUUGACAGAAUUUCAGAAAGUUAUGUGACACUUUUCAUGAGCAUCCCUGCAAGUCGAAAAGAUGCAUUCCUUCAGGUGUAUCCUGAUUGUUUGGCACAGGCCAUUUAUGCAACAUUCCAGGAAGCAUUUCCAGAAUCCAGUAAUCUUUUUAAUGAUGAAUUUAAAGAAGAUCUAGGGAAUAAUAUUUUUCUUUGGUUGUCAGGUUUAAAGCCUCAAAAAGGUUUUUGGGCUCACUGGAAACUAAAAGAGCUCACCACAACAACCAUACAUGGUACUAAGAAAGCACCUUCAACAUCUAUAAAGGACAGGAUUGAAAGGAGUCAGACACGUAUAAUGGCUGCUAUAGACUUCAAUAUGACAAAAAUUUUAGAGAACCCAAGAGCAUAUACAAUGCCCACAUUCAAAGAAGAAUCAAGUGUAUCAAGACUAACAACAAAGUCCCAUUAUAUUAGCCCUGGUCCAGAGUUUAACCGUGUGCUCUUCAAUUUUGGAGGUCAGAGUCCACUGAUUUUAUAUUACCUUAAGAUGCAUGAGUUAGCUGGUAUUUCCAAAGCCCCUAGACAAACCAAGAUCAAACUUACUGAAAUAUUGCAAGAACCACCACCUGCUCCAACUUACUGUGAUAUUAUAAAAGAGGCAAAAAGACAAUUUGCAAGGAACCAAAAGGAAUUUCGGAUAGAAAAGCACAGAAUUAAUGAAGAAAUAAAACUCCUAAGACAGCGACAGGAAAGAAUUGACAAGGAGCUUGAUAGACUCCAGGCAAAGGCUACCAAAAAACCUUACGAAGUUAAGAAUGACUUUGAGAAGUUUCUCCAUAAACUGCGCUCUGAAGCUCGAACCAAGAAAGAGUUUCUGGCAUCGCCCUCAUCAUCAUCAUUAACAGAAGACUACAACUAUGAAAAAGAAGAAUGUCAAGAGAAGCCAGAAGGGAACUGUGUUUAAGAAUACU